CCUCUCGAUCUCCCCUCGUUCCGCGGUGCCGCUUCUCCUCCCGCGGGAAUCCCCUCCCGUGUUCCCCUCACGCGUGCCACGACCGUUCCGAGACCGAGACCGGGACGCGCGGGAGUCAAUCGCUCGCGGACUUCGAUAGGACGAACAUCACAGGGGUCCUUGCUCUUCCUCCUCUCUCAUAACGCCUGUCUGUCCGAGCGCGUUUCUCCUCGCGCCUCGUGUCGCUCUCUCGCGUGCUUUCCGCGUUCCCUCGCCCGCUGCCUCUCUCUGUCGUUUCGCUCUCUUCCUUCGUUGUUUCGUUGGUUCUUUUCCUGUUUCGUUUCCUGCGAGUUACAUUGAAAAGUACGAAGGCCACGAGCACGUUGAAAGACACAUUUUGGAGCACGUUGGCCUCACAGCCAGCAACGUUUGUCGCAGAGCACCGAGAGUGGCAAGAAAGAAAGAAAGAAAGAAAGAAAGGAACAGAUAAAAAAGAAAGAAGGAAAGAAGCAAACGAGGAUUCGUUCGAACGUUUGAGCAAACAACACGUUGCGUCUCGGCCGUCGAUCGAGCAGCACGAGCACUUCCCAGCAGACGGAAGCCUGCCGGUCAAAGUUCACGGUGUGAAUUUUCACGAUCGUAACACACACACACACACAAAUACACGCGCGCGCAUACACACACACACACACAGAGUGGCGGGGACGAGAAAAAGGCGAGAGCCGGCCGAUGUUUGCGUAUGAAAAAGUCCGGUCGUCCUCUUCCACCUCUUCCUCUUCUUCUUUCCGGCGUUCGCCUGCUGGCAGGCACGCAACGUGGUGGUGCCGGCCGAUCGGUGCUGCAACAAAGAACAAAGGGCCAACAACGUUAACACCAGCAACGACAAAGACUACGACGAGGAAGACGAGGAGGAACGAGGACGGCGUGGAAAAGAAGAACGUGCGAAGGAGGAAGGAAAGCAAACGAGAAAAAUAAAGAGUGGGGGAGGUUUGACGCGUGCUACUACAGCCGUGUUAGUUCCAACGAAAAUAGUCCGGCGGUUUCCGCGGUGAGAGAGAGGGAGAGAAAGAAAGAGAGAGAGAGAGAGAGGAGAGAGAGAGAGGAGAGAGAGAGAUAACGCGGCAGAAAAGAGCGAGAAGUAUCGUGAGUAUCGUCGUAUGUAAGACCACGCACACAUGCGGACUCGCCGUGUUAUCAACCGGUGACGGGCUCCGCGAGCGUAUAACACGAGAGGCGUUGGUGGAGUGCAACAUUUCGGUAGUGUUGGUGUGACGUUGUGGAUUGGACAAUGAGAGAACAAGGGAGAGAAGAGUUUGUUCCCGAGAUAAACGCGAAACGAGACGAUCGAGAUUCGUCACGGGCGAAAAUAAAACGGAGAUAAAUUGGGAUCCCUAUUGAAUCCGCGCGUUGAAGAGCGAACGAGACGGAGGGGAAGAAAAAGAACCAAGAGAGAGAAAGAGAGAGUGAGUGAGUGAGUGAGUGAGUUAGUGAGGAAUUCUAUUCCCGAGACGAGAGAGUGAGAUCUGGCUUUCUUUCCUGUCGUUCGCCGGCAGACAGACAGACAGGGAGUGAUGCGCGGCGCGAUCAGCUGUUCGAAGCCGCGAAGUGUACCGUCGUCUCCUUUUCUCCCGUUUGAUCAUUUGUCACACGUCGUGAGUUCCUUCGACGAGACACGACGAGACAUUCGUCCAAAAUUCGAUCGAGAAAACGUUUUACGUUUCACGUCUUUCUACGCAUGUUUUUCGAGAGGUUCUCGAACUACCUGUUGACGAAUCGAGGAGGGAGAACCGACGCUGUUGUCGAAAGAAACGUUGAACGCAGCUCGGUUCUCGUUAUUCGUUCGAGGGUUUGCACUCUGGUGCACGUGGUUGAUCCCGACGGUGUCACCGUGACGUUGCAUAAAAAUCGUCAUAAAACAGAGAACAGAGAAAAAAAUCACCCCCUUUGGGUCAUUAGCAAAGACAAGAACCAACAGAGGUACACGGCCCCACGUUGCAGGAAUCGUUUUUACCAUGUGCUCGAUGAGAUUUCGCGGGAACAACGGUGUCGAAUCGGUUGGACGGGACGUGUUAAAAAUUCGCGAAUGCCGAAUGCCGUUUGAAGUCGUUGUGUCUGCGAGCAUGCGACUGGAGGAAGUUUCGGCGGCGGUGCGGCGGUGCGCCGAGUGUUUUUCGGAGUGAAUGUUAUCGUCGAGGCGUUGUUGUUGGUGUGCGCGUCUUAUCUGUCACUCGCAUCGACGGAGUGAAAGACAGAGAGAAAGAAAGAGGGCGAAGAGAGAAAAAAAGAGAGGGGGGAGGGACGAACGAAAGGAAAAGAAACGAAAAGAAAGACAUUUCGGACAGAGAGAGAGAGUUCGGAGGUCACGGAACCGAUGGACGAUAUGCGGCACGCAAACUCGUUUCGACGAGCUGAGAAUUUCGGCCCGCGGAUCCAAGCGGCGCGGCCGCGUCGUUCGCCCGGACGCCGAACGAGCGGCGUGAAACAGUGGUGAUAUGCUGGCCGAGGGACACGGGAGCGUCGAUUCUAUUCCCGGCGUCUUUUUCUCGCCGGUUGCGUGACGUUCGACUGGCGGCGAGGAACACAGACGCGCGCGGCGGCGGCGGCGGCGACGUCGUCGUUCUCGAACGUGCGCGCCUGCUGACAUCAACUUCGCUGCUCGCGCGAUAGCUAGUCAAAGUGAUCGGAAGGGCAUUACGUUUUCAUUAUACGGGCAUCACCGAGCGUGUCGUACGUCGCGUCGUGUACGGUAAAUGUGUAACACGCAGUCGGUAAGAGUCGUAAAGACUCUGUCGUUGUUCAUAGUGUUCAAUCUGUACAGUGUAUAUCCUUCCCUUCCUGUAAAGUAACUGGCGCUGAAAUUUUUAUGGCGAAAGAGACCAGAAACGAUUUGAAGUUUGAGCGCGUGCUCUGGUGACUUCUUGCUCUCGCGAUUUGUUGUGUACGCGCCGUUCAACAACAACAGAGACUUGCAAGUUCUGGCGCGAAAGAAAGUUGUUGUCGGUGGUGGCGCGCCGGUGGUAGUGGUGGUGGUGGUGGUGGUGGUGGUUCGAGCGUCUCCGGAAGAGCGCGAAAGACACGACGAAAGCGAAAGUACGACGAUUGCGUUGGCGCGUUCCUCGGAAGAAUGACCUUCAAGUUCCGUUGAGAGAAUCUUCCGCGACUCGAGCCUCGAAAGGAGAGAGAAGAAAAAAAGAAUAUGGAUCUGUAACACAGGCGACACAGCUGUCAACGCGUAUCGUCGUCGUGUGAUUAAAGAAAAAAAAAAAAAAAAAAAGAAGAAAUAUUCGCCGGUCGACGAUAGUGUACGCUGGUGCAAAUAUUUCGGCAACGAGAAGGAACCGUGGGUGGGGGGGCAUGGUGGGAUCCCACCAACCAGGGCCACAGGCCCCGGUUGCCCCUCUGUAACGAGGAGAUCUCUCGCUAUCGUGCCGCUCGUGCCUCAUUACAUUGCCUGGAAUGAUGCAGCAAAAAUUCGUGAAGAGGACGGCCGAGGAGUUGGAGCCAGCCGGCAGUGGUAGCGGAGACGGCGGCUUCGGCGAGCCGCCGGUGAAGCUGCAAUGCACACAAGCACAGCAUCAACAUCAGCAAGGUCCCGGUGGCGGCGGCGGAAAAGGUGGGUCUCAUCACGGUCCCCAUGGUCAACACCCCGGUGCUGGAAACGGCGCGAACUCCACGGGUGCAACGCAUGGUGCCGGUGGGGGCGGCGGUGGUGGCGGUGGCAACGAGGGAUUGACCAAGUUCUCCGUAGAGAUCGUGCAACAACUGGAGUUCACCACGUCCGCGGCCAACUCGCAGGCCCAACAGAUCUCCACGAACGUGACCGUCAAGGCGUUGACCAACGCCUCGGUGAAGAGCGACCUACUGAACGCGUCGUCAUCGCCGAAGUCGGGCCCAGACACGCCAGCCUCUGCGACGUCGCGACCGCAGACGGGAAACGGUGCCGGUGGUGGACCAGGCGGCGGUGCGGCCGGUACCGGGCCACCGGCACCCGGUGGUAUCGGUUGCGUGGACAUAGGUAACCUGGUCGAGUGCAAGCAAGAGCCGGACAAUGAAUUCGUCGACUUGGAGCAGUGCGCUGCAGCGCUGGAGAAAGAUGCAGCGGCGAACGGCGCCGGUUUCCCUGGUUUCUCCGACUUUAUGGGCGACGACACUGGCGACGAGAUCAUCACGUCAGACGCGUUCAAGGAUCUCAUCUCGGAGAUCUCUGACCUGCAUCCCGAGUUCAUGAAGGACUUUGACUUCGAGGAGAAGAUUCCGGUGGAGGCUUUGGCGAACAACGCGGCGGUGGUUGCUGCGGCCGCCGCUGCGGCCAAUAACAACAAUAACAACAACAACAACAAUAACAGCAUCGGGACGAACAACGGUCAGAUCAAGAUCGAGGACGACAAAGACUCGAUGCAUCAGCAGCACGGCAACGUAAACAGCAACAGCGUGAACAACGGCACUCCCACGAACAACGGGAACGCCAAUGUGCCGGCCAAUUCGAGCCCCGGAGGUCUCGCUUCUGCACAGUACUCCCCCGCUAGACUACCGUAUUCCAGCCUGGACUUCAAGUCCGAGAUGAGCCCGGCUGCUCAGACGCUGAAGCAAAUGGCUGAGCAACAUCAGCACAAGAGUCAACAGCUUGGUCUCGGUGGAUUUAAUCCUGGCGCGGCGGCGGCGGCAGCUAGAGGCUCUACUGCUAGGUCACCAUACGCCGAAUUUCCCCAGUUUGGCGGCACGUCCGACUAUCUGGGCAGUCCUGGCAGCACCGGCCCACCUGGUGCACAGUCUCAGGCGACCACCGGCACUGGGUCGUAUCACAAGAACAACGGCACGGCUGGAUUCCAGAGCCAGCAGACGAACGACAUGUUCGUCGGGUCGCAAACUCAGUUCGCUGCCGGCCUGGCGGAUAUGAAGAGACCGCAGCCAGCCGCAGGCGGCAAGCCGACCAUGCUUGGACCGAGCGGAGGAUACAAGCAACAGUACUCGCCGUACGGUAGCCCAGGAUCGAUGCCGAAUCACGGCAGUCCAGGAUAUCCACUGCCACCGAGAGGCUCUCAGGGCGCCGGACCCAAUCAAACCGGAUCCCAGGGACCUUUCACUAGCUCCACGCCGCCAAGACCUCCCUCGGGACCCGGCACGUCCACUCUGCAAAUUAACCAGGCGCAACAGCUACACAUCAACAACCCCGGUCAUCAGAUUCAGCAACAUUUAGAAGAACGUUUCAUCGUAAAGAGAAGAAAACUUGGAUCUUCAAAGACACGGCGGAUGGGUUCAGUCAUGAAAAAGAUUUCUUCGCCUCGAGGGACGUAUGAAUUAAAAAAAGGCAUGGUAUGUCAAAAAUGA